AUGAUGCGUCUUGUGUGGUGCGUGUGUGGAUCGCCCGCAGGCCCGGGGGAGAGCGCGGUAUGGCGGUCAGCGGGAUUCGACGCCUACACCUCGUUUCCGGUGCCGUCGUCUCGAGGCGUCUUCUCCAGUUUGCUGGACGACUCCUUGCUCGUUCCCUCUUUCCCAGACACGCGCGUGUUGGACCCGCCGACGGAGAGCGGCUGGUGGGAGAGUCCUUACGGCAUUUUUCUCGUGGGUUUGGUCGCCAACGCGGGGCCUGAGAAGCCGUGCAUGGGCGAGCGGACGAGCGCGGAGGUCGCCGACGGCUUCACCUACCUGUCCUACGCUGAAGUCGACGCAACAGUCCGGCUCCUGGGCUCGGGCUUCGCCGCGCUCCUCCGCGACGGCGACAUCAAACUCGAGACGUUCCCCGAUGAAGAGCGAAACGGCGGGAAAUUCGCUAACGUCGGCAUUCUGCUCCAGUCUCGGAAAGAGUGGAUCUUCACCGACCUGGCCAUCUCCGCGUACCCGCCUCUCGCGUCCGUCACGCUCCACUACACUUUCCCAGCUGAACACGUCAAAAGUAUCGGUGAACAAUCAAUGCUGUCGUGCAUGGUCACGGACGUGGACAAGUUGCAGUUGCUGAAGGACUUGAAGCCGUCGCUGCCGGAGCUGAAGACCAUUGUCGUCCUUUCGGCCAAGUCGCCUCUGGAUCCGCCCGAAGUCCUCGAUUUGACAGAGUGGAAAAAGCAGUUUGAGGAGCUCGGGACGCGCGUGCUAUCGUUCGAGGAAGUGAUGAACCUGGGCAGGGAGCGCCCAAUUCGGCCCAUCGUCAAGCAAGAUCCAGAGAGGGUGUUUUCGAUUGUCUACACCUCAGGGACGACAGGGAACCCGAAAGGAGUGAUGCUGACGAAUAAGAACUGGGUCGCGGUUAUUCGUUCGCUGCACAUUCAGAAUCCGAAGACGCUUGGCAUCACGCCGGAUUUCGUGCACAUUUGCUAUCUGCCUCUCUCGCACGUGCUUGAGCGCGUCAUCGAGUACGCGGCGCUGGUGCAUGGCGUGCGCAUCGCAUACUUUUCGAGGAAGCGUGACAUCAUUCCGGAUGACUGGCGCGCGUCGCAGCCCUCCCUGGUGCUUAUGGUGCCGAAGCUCGCGACGACGCUUUUGGAGAAGAUCGAGUCGCGCCUGAGCGCGCAGCCGCUGCUGAAGCGCCUGCUGGUCGGCUUCGCGGUCACCCGCAAGAUGCGCGCGGCGCUCAAGGGCUCGCAGCCGAACUUCUGGUACGACGGGAUGCUGGGCGGCUCACGGAUCUUGAGGGAGCGAAUCUUCGGGUCGCCCGACAGCAUGAAGUUCGCUGCGUGCGGCGGUGGCAAGCUCGAUCCGGUUGUGCAGGAGAAGCUAGAGAAAUACCUCGGGUUCAACAUCAUUCAGGGCUGGGGCAUGACGGAGACCGCGGGCGCGGGCAGCUGGCAAGCGUACCGCGGCGACGACUCCUAUGACAGCGUCGGCGGCCCGACGGCUUGUCUGGAGGUCAAAGUCCGGUCCUGGGAGAGCUACGACGCGACGAAAGCGAAGCCACAGGGCGAGCUGCUGGUGCGCGGCGACAACGUCUUUCCAGGAUACUUUCGGCAGAAAGAGCUCACUGCGGAGUGCUUUCACUACGACGAGGCGGACGAGGACGCGGGCGCGGGCGCGGGCGCCGCCUCGCAGGGCAAGAAGCAGCCGUGGCUGCUCACUGGAGACGUGGUAGAGAUCCAGCCGAACGGCAGCCUGAAGAUCGUCGACCGCAAGAAGAGCUUGAUCAAGCUCGCGCAGGGCGAGUACGUGCAGACGGAGAAGCUGGAAGGCAUCUACUGCGGCAGCGCAUUUGUGGAGAACAUUCUCGUACACGGCUACGACUCGCAGUCGUACCCCGUCGCGGUCGUCGUCCCCGACCGGCGCCAAGUGGUCAGGUGGGCGCGCAGCCGCUACGGAAAGAGUGGCACGCCGGACACUGCGUCGGGCGGCGAAACGGCGCCUGGGAGCGACUACGCCCGAGAGAAGCCGCAGAUGCGCGAGGGCGAAGACCAUCAGGACGUCGCGCAUCACGAACCGAGCGACAGUGACGAUGCCGUCUUCGAGGCCGCUGUGAAAGACAUGGCCCUGAAGAAGGAAAUCCUUGCAGACUUUGACAGGAUCGCGUCGGAAAACGAGCUGCUCGGGUUCGAGAAAAUCAAAAACGUGUUCCUCACCACAGACGUCUGGACGCCGGAGAACGGCAUGCUCACUCCCACGUUCAAAACGAAACGCCCUCUCCUAGUGCGCAAGUACACAAAAGACAUGGAUGAUCUGUACAGGCAACUGGCAAACAAGCAGUUCACUGAUGACGUCGAUGCCACAGUGGCGCUGCGAACCGUCCCGUGGUGGCGGCGAAUCACGAUGCUGCACUGGCUCCGCUCCUGGUGGGCGUAG